GUGGAAGGCGGGAGGUGAGCGCGUGUUUAAAAGACCAACGGAGGUCAGUCGUUCGAUGCUUGGGACGCCAUAACAAAGCAGGAGUGGUGGGGUCCAUGCCAUUCUACUAACACACUCUUCCAGCCACUCUGCAGGGCUUCUGUUAUUUAGACCGGUUUGGAGGCUGUUUCCUGCCAGGGGCUUACCUCCCAAAUCAUCACAAGCAACUCUCCAUCUGUUUGCAACCAUGUUUGAGACCAGUAGUGAUGACUUGUUCCUGCCUUCCUACCAAGAUGAGGAGUUAGUGGACAACCUGCUGUCCAGUGAGGAGUCAGAUGGAGUUGGUGGUGGACUCUCCCUGGCUAAGGCCCUGCUCCCCCUGGUAGAGUCAUCCUCCCCUCCACUCAUCCCCUGGGUCUGCUCCACCCGCUACAAGACGGAGCUCUGCACCAGCUACUCGGCUACUGGUUUCUGCAAGUACGCCGAGCGCUGCCAGUUCGCCCACGGCCUCCAUGAGCUCCACGUUUCCUUCCGCCACCCAAAGUACAAGACUGAGUUGUGUCGCAGCUACCAUACAACCGGCUACUGUUACUACGGCAGCCGCUGCCUGUUCGUCCACAACCCCACUGAGCAGCGCCCCGCCUUGCGCCGCCGCAGGAAUGUCCCCUGUCGCACCUUCCGCUCCUUUGGCGUUUGUCCCUUUGGGACCCGCUGUAACUUCUUGCACGUCGAGGGUGGAGAUGUCGGCAGCGGUUUGGAGUCGCCCGACGUUGGCAAGGAGAAGACUCCGCCUGUUCCCAACCCACAGCUCCAGCCGCAGAUGAAGGAGUGGAAGCCACGUGGAGCCCUGUGCCGCACCUUCAGCUCCUUUGGGUUCUGCUUGUACGGCACACGCUGUCGCUUCCAGCACGGCCUCCCCAGCAAGAUCAAAACCUCCGACCAAACCCAAGGAGGGUCCUUCUAUCCUCAGCCGUUCCCUGGCAGUUCAGGUUUACCUUCCCCCACCUCUCCUUUCACCACCACCUCACCAAACUCUUCAACCUCAUCUUCUCCUCCAUCAACCUCCCCUCUCGCCACCCCGCCUGCAGAGGCCACGGCCCACAACGCCUUCACCUUCUCCAGUCAGCACCUUAGUGACCUGCUGCUGCCGCUUGCCCUCCACCUUCAGCAGCUGGAGAGCAGCAAGGCCCAGGAGAUCUGGGACAACAGGGCACUCUAACUGGAUGUGGUCACAGUUGGAACCAGCAUCUGCACUAAACACCACCACAGCUCAAUUUUAAAUCUGUUUUUUGUUUUUAACACUUCUCCCUAGGAAAUUAAUUAAUUAUAUAUAAUUAUUUUUUUAACUUGAGGUUGUUUGACUUGCAAGCUUGUGUCAGCAGGUCAAGAAGGCCUUAAACUGAUCAGUUGUAGAUCAGGCAGUCUGGAAUAGAGCUGGACAGGUGGUCUCCUGAAUCCCUACAGGUGUAGCUAUGAGUGUAAUUUAAAUUUCUUUUUUUAAACUAUUGUAAAUACUUUAUUAAUGAACUGUGUAAAUGAAAUGUCUGACCACAGCAUCAUGAAUAAACAAAUUUUAAUCUUUAA